AUGUUAACUGUUGAAAAUCCGGUUUCAAAUGGUCUUGUAAUUCAAGAAAAUGGAAAAAAUCAAUUUAAAACAAAAGCACAGAUUCGACGAGAGAAGAAAUUACGUAAAAAAGAAAGAAAAAAGAAUGAAUCAGAUGUAUUAGAUAAUGGUUUAAAUAAUAUUGUGAUUGAUAAAUCUUUAGAUUUACAAAAAGAAUCCUAUAAACGUCACAAAGACGAAAGGAAAAAUGAUGAUGAUUCUAUUGUUGAUUCAUUUACAUUAGAUGAGAAUGAUCCUAUGUAUAUUACGUUUAAAAAUGUUUUUGAUAAGUUUAAUGCUUCUUAUAAAGAAGAUCAAGAUGAUGUAAAUAUGGAUAAAGGAGAAAUUUUUUAUUCGGAUGAUAAUAUUUCUGAAGAAGAGGAAGAAACACCUAAAAAACUUAGUCGAAAAAAAGCUCGAAGACAAAAUAGACUGAGUGUAGCAGAGUUAAAGCAACUUGUUAAAAAUCCAGAAGUUGUAGAGUGGUUUGAUGUAUCUGCUCAAGAUCCUAAGCUUCUUGCCCAUCUUAAAGCAUAUAGAAAUACAAUUCCUGUUCCAGGGCAUUGGACACAAAAGCGUGAUUAUUUAGCAUCCAAAAGAGGUAUCGAGAAACCUCCAUUUGAGCUUCCUGAUUUUAUCCGUGCUACGGGUAUUAUGGAAAUGAGGGAUUCUGUAAGGGAAAAGGAAGACAAUCAAACUCUUAGACAGAAGAUGCGUGCUAGAGUGCAACCAAGGAUGGGGAAACUUGAUAUUGAUUAUCAAAAAUUAUAUAAUGCAUUUUUUAGAUUUCAGACUAAACCACCUAUGACAGAAUAUGGUGAAGUUUAUUAUGAGGGAAAAGAAUUUGAAACAAAUCUUAAAGAAAAAAGACCUGGUGACCUUUCUGAAGAACUUAAAGAAGCCUUAAAUAUUCCUCCAGGUGCUCCACCUCCAUGGUUAAUUAAUAUGCAGCGUUUUGGACCACCACCCAGUUAUCCUGCGCUAAAAAUACCUGGUCUUAAUGCACCAAUUCCUUCUGGUGCACAAUUUGGAUUUCAUCCUGGAGGCUGGGGAAAACCUCCUGUUGACGAAUUUAAUAGGCCAUUAUAUGGUGAUGUAUUUGGCAUAGUGCAUCCUCAACCACCUCCUGAUUCUGGUGAACCUGUUGAAAAACAAUUAUGGGGACAACUUGAAGAUAUAGAAGAUGAAUCAGAAGAAGAAGAUGAAGAAUAUAGAGAAGAUGAAGGCAAAGAUUUUGAUUUGACUAAUCAAGAACUGCUUGAUGGUAUUGAAACGUCUUCGGGUGUAGAAACACCAUCUGGAAUGGUAUCAUCUGUUCCUAGUGGUAUAGAAACUCCAGAAUAUAUUGAAUUGAGGAAGCAAAGAGUUUCUGAUGUUGAGGCUGAUUCUGGAAAAACAUUUUAUCAGCCUAUUGCAGAACAACAAUCACGGAUAAAAGGAUUCAUGGGAAGUGAGUAUAUUUAUGAUUUAUCUGAUGUAAAUAAACUUCCUGUUCUUGAUGCUCCAGAACCACGCAAGAAGAAAAAUGGUGUAGAUGUUUCUCUUGAUCCAUCACUUUUGGAAAACGAAAAUCGUUCUUUAGCUGAACAACAACUUAGAGAAAAAUAUGAAGAAGCGCAAAGGAUACAGCGUAUAGAUCCUAAAGGUUGGAAUGAAGAUUUGUCAGAAAUGGUUGCAGAACAGGCGGCUAAGCAAAAUGCAAAACGACAAAGAAAGGCAAAUGAACAAAAGAAAGAAAAGUUUAAUUUUUAG